AUAAUAUCAUCGUGUGUUCCCGGCUUUUUGUGACGAGUGAAUCGGUUAUAUCGGCAAUACCGGGGGAUACUGAUAACUACCUACUUAUAUAUAUAUAAGUAAUGUUUAUGUUUAAUAAUUGUAGUCUCUAAUGAUUUUUAUGUUUCUUGCUAAAUGAUUUGCGACGAGUAAAAACAUUAUGUACAAAAUGGAUACAAGUAAGACUCAAACUCUUGGAACCUUUUUAGAAGUACCGCAAAUCAAAGUAAAAGAAGAACUAGAGGACAAUAUGAUUGUAAUUAAAGAUGACGAGCCACCAAAAAAUUUUGAGAGCAGUAAAUUUGAAAAUGUUACAGCAUCUUCUUUAAAUACCUCUACUGGCAAAGAGGUGAAAGUUAUUUGGCAUCAGAAAAAAUAUACACAUCUUGAAGUUGGUCCAGAAUAUGUUAAUAACAUUGUUAUUUAUGGAAAAAAAUAUCAAGAGCAUUAUAUAGCUUGUUACCAAGGCCUGGAGUACAUCCGAAGGUAUAAUCAGAAAAAUGAACGGUGGCUUUGUAAUAAAUCGUUCGAUUGUCCCGCAUUGCUUUUUUUGGGAGCAGAAAAAGGAACAAAUAAAAUUUUCAUGAUUAUAGUCCUUACUACAUUUGGAACAGAUAUCCUUGCGCUCCCUACCGUCCCUACUUAUGUGGCCGUAUCCACAGCAACGGUAGCACUUAAUAACAAAGUAGCAGUCCCCGAACCAUAGGGGGGACUUCGAUAACCAAGUCAUAUAUGUUAUUAGAGUUCUUUAGCUUGGUAAUAAACCGGAUUUCAGAGUACGUCGACCAUUUACAAGAGCGUUUGCAAAUUGUUCACGAACAAACACGGGAUGACAUAAAGGCAAAUUCUACUGGUUUUAAUCCCGGGGAAAAAGUCUGGUUAUACAAUCCACGGAGGACGAAGGGCAAGUCACCAAAGCUCCAAAAGGAUUAGGAAGGUCCAUUCAAUGUGGUCACCAGAAUCAACGACGUCGUGUACUGUAUUCAGCGACAUCCGACAACGAAGAUGAAAAUUGUAAACAUCGUCCGGUUAUCGCCCUAUCGUGACUCAGGUGGUUCCAUGUUUGACCCUGGAGGUGUUGAUUGAUUGGGACGAUCAAACUUGAGAGGGGAGCAGUAUUAUGAAAAUGUAAAUAAUCACAUAUGCGGACUGGAAUCAAACAAUUUCCCAGAAAUUGAUUAUCCCCAUAAAUCAGAGAAAAUCGUCAAUGUAGUAUAUCACUCCAAUAUAGCAAAAACAAUAUUAAACAAUAGAGGAUUCCAAAAAUUUGCAAAAGGAAUAUUAAUACUAGACGAUAUUGUGGAACCUACAAAGGCAUAUUUCAAUACAUGCACUUUCAUCAGGGGAGAUCCUUAUCAACGAUUACAAAAUGAAAACCUAUCAAAUUUUUAUACGUUUCAUUGUGCUAAAAGAAGAUGCUAUGUAGACCUUUACAUCAGCAAAGAAGGAAGUCAUACGAAAAUGACUAUAGAAAUAGACAAGCACGACUGUUUAAGGGACCAACGCUUUAAGUCAUGUACAUCAGAUAUAUCGUGUCCACCAGACUAUAGUGCUGUUACUUCACUAAAGUUUCGGAAUAGACAAGACUUAGCAUUAUAUGAAAAACUGGAGUAUUUUGUAAAAAAGCGAGGAAAGAGCUUAGGCCCAUCUGAACAAAAUAAGGAAUGGCCUUAUAUAUACAUCCAUCAUUCACAUAAGUCCUUGAUUUAUAAGAAUCACAUUUAUAAUCUUAUUUCUAAUUCUUUGUCAUCUGAUAAAGGAUAUAUUUGCCACUACAACAGAGCACCAAAAUGCAGUGCUCUCCUCAAAGUAACGACUGAUAUGCAAUUUGUCUUAUUGGUUUAUGGUCAUACCUGCCCCUAUAAAAGACCAGACUCUCUCAAUCAGUCGAGUCUAUCUUAUACCAUCUGUCAGAUCGAACCUGAUCCAAAUUUUAAACGAGAAAUAAAGGCACUUUGUGAACCAAUUAAUCAUAUGAUAGAGCCCGGUGAUAUCAUCUUUCAAGAAGAAUAUGCCACACUAAAGAAAUUGAGUUACCAUCCAGUUCGAUAUACAUUGGAUCUUAACGCCUCAUUAAAGGAAAUUAAUGAGUAUUACGACAAAGCUGAGCUUCUUGAACAAAAGUAUAUGUCUCCCCAUGUUUUGGUUUGUACCGAUCUGAGUAAUAAUAGGCGACUGGAAUUAUAUAAACGCCACGCAUAUGUUGUUGACUAUACGGCUCCAAUAACUGAGCUACGUAUUUGUAAAGACAGCGUUAUUUGUUCUGCUGCACUGUCUUGGAGGAGUAAUUCAUCAAUGAUAGCAAUAAUCGGGAAACAUACUUGCAUGAAAAAAAAGUCUCAAAAUCAGAUAUUUUCUCCGCCGUUAGGUUCGUCCACUUCCAAAAAAGAUAAACUUGAAAGUAAAAAAAUUCCAAAGUCAAUCGAGAAAAGGGGAUCCGACAGGCAAAACUCUACAACGCCCGUAGAAGCUAAGAAAAACGUUGUAAAAUACAACAUAAACAAAGAAAUUUUAAAAAUAAAUUUAUUUAACAAAAAACAACAAAUUAACCAGUUCCAAGAUGAGUUAUCAGCCGAAAUCACUAAAUCUAGAUCAAACUCAACACAGAAAAAUUAUAAAAAGAAAUUUUCAGACAAAAAUCAAAAAUGUAACGAGUUGCAAGACAAAAUGUUUUCUAACACAAGUGUGUUAUCUCAGGCAAAUAAAUCAGUAGCUCAUGAAACCAACGGACUAGAAAAUCCUACGCUUGACAGAAUAGACUUAGUUGAGAAAAUAGUUCAGGACGUAGGUGGUUUUCCAACUGUGCUUACAGAAUCUAGCAAGCCCUCUGUUUUCAGUUAUAAUGGAUACAAAUACCAUUUAGGACAAAGCUCUAGUGAAUUAUUCCAAUGCUUCAGAUCAAAUAGCUGUACAGGAAAUCUGCGACUUUUUACUGAAAAUGGAAAUGAAAAAGUUAUAGAGGGUAUUCACACUUGUGAUACUUUUAAGUAUAGGGAUGUCAAUAUUACGAUUUCAUCCUGCAAAGACUUUAAUCAGGUGCCUGGUUUUAACCCAACUGAUCCACUAUUCAUUACGAUGCUUGUAAAUGUGGGCAAUAGUCAUAAUAUUCUGUACUAUAGAGGCUUUACCUAUAUAGAUGACAGGAGUCUUAGUUGCGAACGAGGAGAAUUUUCAGUGACAUUAAAGAGCUGUAACAUGAUUUAUAUGUGUGCGAAAUCUAAUGUAUGUUCUGCUGGCUUAAGUAUAAAUUUGCGGGAAAGUGAAGCAAUGGAGAUUGGAGUACACACAUGUACCAUAAGCAACAACCUUACAGAAAAAAGUAAACUUUUUAGAGAGUUUCACAAAGUCACUUGUCAAAGAGUAAAUUCAUUAAGUGAAGAUGAAAAAUUUCCUCUGCUAGGUGAAGAGCAGUUGGUAUUACUAUUCUAUGAACAUAAUAACCAAAAAACGAACAAAGCAAACGAGAAUAACUAUACUUUUUUGUACAAAGGUCAUACAUAUAGGCACUCUAUUUCCGGAUGCUCUUUUUCUCAUGAUGCAGGAUGCAAAACAUUAUAUUUAUGUGAUUUAACAAACUGUACAGCUGCGCUGCUAAUUGACUCAAGGACUGUAAAGUCAGUUCUCGAAGUAGGGCUGCAUAGUUGUAAAAAAGAUAAUUUAGAAGAGGAAAGGAAGAAAAUUAUGUUGCGAAAUGAUAUAGAAAUCUCAAUAAAUCAAAUGCUUCAACGGUUAGCUAUCUUUACAGGUCAAAAGAGUAUAGAAAUGAUGGAGAUUCAAAUUUAUUGUAUUAAUACGCUGAGGUGGCUUGAUAGUAAUCCAAACAUUCUUAGGGAAAAAUUGGAAGAAAUAUGGGUGCGGUUAAAUACGUCGUUUAAUGCGUUUCAUUUGUCAACACCGACUUUUCUUAAAAUGAUCAAAACUACACCGGUUAAUGUUACACCCAUAGCAUUUGUCAAUAAUUCUGAAACUUCGACAGUUGUACAAACGAAAAUAAACAAUGAACUCAUCUUUCCAAAAUAUUGUCCAAGCAAUGCCCAGACUGACAUUAUUAAUAGAAUUUCUGGGUCAUCACAUAUCGUCCCAGCAUCUGCAAAUGGUAUAUUGGCAGAUAAUAGCAUUUUGCCUGAAACGCUAACUAAAACAAUUAAGCGAAAGUUUGACCAAACCAUGAAAGCUUCUCAUAAUCAGCCACGACAAAAAAAAUCCAAUUGUGGAGAAGCCGAACUAAAAGAAAAUACUCAUAAAAUUAAAAUAGAUGAAACUUCUCAAAUAUUCCAACAACCUAUAUGUAUAGAACCGGCUAGCGAUGACUCGAAUGUGGUAAAAGAACAUAAGUAUGUUGUAAUAUCUACGUAUAAUGGAUUUCUUAAAGCGAUUUUAUUCAGAGAUAAAAUAUAUGUUGCCAAAGAUGCGUCUAAAAAUGGUUCUAAAUGGAUUUGUCGAUUUAACGGAUGUAAUGCAAUUAUUUGUAUAACUGAAGAUGACCAAGUUUACUGUAAAUCAGAAAAGCACAUAUGCCAAGAAUGUAAUCUAGUCGAAGUCGAAGUCCUUGAACAUUUUCAAAAGGCCAUUGGUGGAACAUCCGAAAUACUAUGGGAUCCUAAUUUAGUCCCAGUGUUUGAUAAAAAUAAACAACUAUAUGUAAUUUACCAGGGAUUUGUGUACGGUAGUUGUGUUACAAAUAAUAUGACUGAGUCGACCAUUUGGACAUGCAUUGAUUCUUAUUGUGCAUCUAUAAUGAUAUUAAAAGACGGCAAACCUAUAACUGAUUCGAAACAACAUAACUGCAUGCAAAACUUCGAACUAUCUGACACUUGCCAGGUAUUUGAAGGUAGCAACAAAUUUUUUAUGUUGGGCCAUUUUAUUUACACACCUCGAUUAAAGAAUUGUUUAUCUAACGUUAUUACUGAAAACCAAGAUUACCUAGAAUGUAUUUAUUAUAAAACCCUAGGCUGCCCAGGUAAUGCCAUAAUUACACCUUUUAAUUAUAAACCAGAUUCGCUAAAACAACAUACUUGCAAAUUAUUAAAAAGUAAAAAUUGUGAAGUUGAAACAAGGCUUGAAAGUAUAAUUAUUAAGCAAGAACAAACUGAUGUUUUUAUUGAAGAAGGUAGGGUAGAUCUAGGAGAAAAAAAUCGAGUUUCAAAUAAUGAUGGGCUUAGCAAUUUAGUAAUUUCUGAUGUAUUUUCUUUAAGUGAUUGUAAAGAAACUAUUAAUACAUGCCAAGGUAAUAAAGACUUGUUUUGCUCUGAAGAAACAUUAUCCUCUGAUGAAACAAGUAAACAAACAUUAAGCAUUACUAAUGAAGGCUUGCAACCUAUUUACGAGCUGGAAUUGUCAGAAAAUGUUUUGGAUAGUGACAAACAAAUAAUGGAAUUUUCGGUACUAUCUGAAUUAAUAGAUAAUUUUCCAAAUCUACCCAUAAUUAAAUCACCGCAAGAAAAUAUCAGUAAUAUAGGUAGUAGUGUAACGAUUCAAACGAAUACAUCGGCAGUCACAACAAGCGAAUUGCCUGAUGCAAUUGAUGAUUUUGAGGAUGCAAUUCCUGUGACUUACCUAAUUUCUAAAGAAUAAUAAAAUGUUAAAUAAAAAAACACGAUUACAAAAAGUUUAAUAUAUUCAAUAUGUAUUUGAUUUUGUAUAAGUUUGUACAUUAAAUUGUGUGUCAUUAGA